UGUUAGGAUCGGCAAGGCUACGGAGACUGCUUACCAUCAGGCGGGCCGUAUGCUUGUUUGCCACCAACGUAGUAUAUAAAAAAAAAAAGAAUAAAUGUGCAGAAAUUCGUUAUUCAAACAACUUUUUCAAAUGGUGUAGUAAUCUCGUCACCCUGGUAAUUUUCAGUCUAACAGCGGGUAUCUUAAACACAUUUUUUCCUAAAAAAUGAUAAAUACCACUUUGUCGCAUAGAACAUACUUUUUCAUUUUUGGGAGGAGAGAACAACUAAGUCCCUUUCAAAUCACCUCUUAUCACUUGGCUAAGAGCAUUUUACGCCUCGGACGACAUUUUCCUGUUCCUCUAUGAGAGCAGCAGUCGCUUGCAAUGCAAUCGACAUUUUGCUGCACGACAGUGCUAGGCACUGACUCACUGAUUACACUUGAAUUUCUCCACCGACAUUUCCGUAUUAGCAAGUCUAGCCUUGUACUACGGGUGAACUAACUUGGGAUGACCGAUAUCCAAGUAACUAUAUAGCUUACCACUUGUACUGUGUCUGAACCAGUUUCUUAUACUCGUAGUUACUUACUCUGACUUAUUUUAUUAUUACCAGCUUUUAUUUUUAUCUACUGCUUAUGUUUAUUUAUUAUUGAUUAAUUACUAUCGGUUUCACUACACAAUAAAAUAUUAAUCUUUCCGGUGCAUUGCCUUAACGCCUGUAGGAUUCUAUCACCAUUUACUUUAUAUUUAAUAAGAGCAAACUUUACGUAAAUUACGAAUAGGUAGGCAUUUGCAUUUUCUUCGUGUAACUGCUGUAUAAAAUACCAUUGUUUAAUGUAUAUCAACAGUUAGGUACAUAUUUUAUUCCGUUAAUAAAACCGCGUGGUCAAACGCUCAGUAAAUUUACAUUUCGACUAAGUAUUUACUCGUACUGUUAUGGGUAUUGACCUUUGAACAGAAAACGUUAUCUUUCGUGUAGAUAAUAUUAUUAAUCGUGCGUUCCAAUUCCUGUUUUACGGAGAUGUGAUUUUUAAAAUCACUUCGAAGCCGGCAAUGUAGAUAUUAGCUAUGCUUCAAUAGUCGCAGUACGGUGAAUGCAUAGCGGUAUCUAUUUUCCCGCCGUCGUCGUUUAUUAAUCAUUCUAUGUGUUACUAUCUGAGCGGGCAGACCUCCGAGACCCCUUUUGUGUCGUGUAGACAGAUCAAAACGGAGACUAGAAAUGGUUCUAUCACUGGAAGACCCAGCCGUUAGGUCGUACAUCGUGUACUCGUCUGUUCUGGCGCUUAAGAUGUUAGGAGUGGCGACACUGACAUCAUUGACCCGCGGGCGGCGCAAGGUAUUCGCGAACGCAGAAGAUGCGAAGGCGUUUCAUGGGAAGAUAAAGAUGGACGAUCCGGAAGUGGAGCGCGUGAGAAGGGCACACUUGAACGACUUGGAGAAUAUUCCGGCGUUCUGGAUCCUGGGCGCGUUGUACCUGACGACAGGCCCGGCGGGCGCGUGGGCCACGCUGCUGUUCCGGCUGGCGGCGGCAGGCCGCGUACUGCACACCCUGGUGUACGCCGUGGUGCCGCUGCCGCAGCCGACGCGCGCGCUCGCCUACCUCGUGCCCUACGGCAUCAACGUUUACAUGGGAGUGCAAGUUGUAUUGCACUAUGCGACUGCAUUGUGAUUUCUGAUCAAAACAUUUGCCUAUAUUAAGCUUUUUUUCUGUCUUAAGCGAUGUAAUAAAAGUUAAAAAUAGUAGUGUUCUGUUUAAUAUGAAAUAAUAUUUAAACAUUUCGCAUUUUCACAUAAGUGACAUCACAUUACUUGUAAACUCUAUUUUAGGAAAUUAUUUAUAUCAAAUUGUUGUUAUUUCUUUAAAGCUCACCUUUAAAAUGUAAACUUUAAACGAAAUUCAUUAAAGGUUUCAUGUAUUUUGUAUAUCACCGCUAUAUUUAAAAUACACUUUUGAUUAAUAUUAAUACCUAAUGUUAUAUUAACGCGACUGACUUCUUUGUCAUUUUCUUAUCGCUUGACGUCCUGGGUUUUCAUCACCUUUCCGACACGUUUGACAUUUAUAAAUGCGGAUUUAUCAUAAUUAGCGAAGACAUUUGAUUUUUGAUGUAAUAACUAUAGGUAUAUUACGUUAUUCUAUAGAUCCAGUAAAAUAAAUAAUGAUUUGUCAUUUUUUGUCUUAGAAUUCAGUAAUAAGUUCUAAUAACAGCUGUACCCAAAAUCAUUUGAAUUGUUUUUGUAAACAAUAAUAAUUACGUAAUAUUACAUAAAAUGAUUACGCAAUACAAUUAUUAUUAGGCUAAUUUUGAAAAAGGAAAAAAAUGGCUUAAUUUUAAAAUCUAUUAAAUUAUAAAUCGUCGUCAAAAAGCACUAUCAUCCAACUCUCAAGGAAUCGUGUGUGCACAGUCAGUUAUUUCGUAAUCGUAUUUUUACGGCCUCCUCUUCUUCAAUGCCGCGGACAGCGCUUCGCCUCUUCAACCCCUUCUUAAUCACGUUCGAAAUGGGGUUUCAAGGAGUAGGUAAUUACUACUCUGCUGUCUUUUAAUAGGUGAGUUAAUACAAUUUUUGUUCUGUAUCCUGAAAAAACUAGGGACUUAAAAAAAAAAAAACCUUUUCUUAUCACAUGCUCUGAAAGUGGGUCAUAGUUGAUCUAUGUAGUGCGCAGAAAGUGAUACGUUUGUCCUCUAGUGCAGAAAAGUGGUGUACUCCCUUCUGUGUCCUCGUCCCAUGAGCAGUUGCUAAUAGGAAAUAAAUGGAAAAUUAUUCUCUAUUUCGCCGCCUGGAACUAAAUAUUGGAAAAUUGUUCUAAUUUUACUGAUCCCGCGUUGGAUCUUGUUUUAUCAAAUUGAUGUGAGUAUAGUAUUCAAAUAAAUUAUUUUUGUUUCUUUUGUUGUAUUGUAUUUCAUACGGCGGGUACCAAAAGGAAUACUCCAAUUUUUUUUUAAACCUAAAACUUGCAUAAAUAAGCAAAUGCAGAAUCUUACACAGCCACACUUUAACGUUUUUACGGCAUAAAAUGGGUUUUUAAAGUUAAUUGGUAUUAGUCAUGUAAAUAAAAUGAAAUGAAAGAUGAAAAUUCCUUAUUUUA